AUGACGACGAGCUUUGGUAUUUUUGGAGGAGAUAAAGGAAGAAGGAAUAGCCGCAAAACGAGAUUUUUGAAAAACAAAAGGGCAGGUGUUGCCUCGAACAAACACAACGCCGUAGCUUCUUUGAAUGCCGCCGCGAUGGGUCUCGCGAACAAUAACAACAACAUCAUCAUGGCCCAAACGUCGUUGUUCAAUCUCGGCGUGAACGAACUCGCGUGGUUGUUGUCCACGUUGUACGCGUUAUUUUGCUUCUCGAUUUGCGUUCGGGCGAAACGAGGCGACGAGAAAGCCAUAGCGAAUAUCCGGAAUUACUCGACGUUGGUACCUUUGGCGGUAUUUUACGGCGUGCUUUUGAUUCGGUCCUGGAGCGAUAAUACGCUCGCAUUGAUGAUGCCGGGGAGUUUAGAGGAAGGACUGAGAACCGGAGAAGUGCAAUUUAUACCGAAACUCAGCGGUAUCAGCGAACUGCUCUCGGAAAAAGCCGCGUCGGCGUCCGCUUGGGCGCACUUUAUGCUCGUCAAUCUCUUCGUCGCGAGGCACGCGACGUUGCAAAGUUUAAAGUUCGAUUUGCCCGUCGCGCACACGUUGGCGCUUUGUCUCGUCACCGGACCGUUGGGGUUGUUGUCGCACGUGGUCACGAAAUGGAUCGUUUUGAAACUCAGAACCAAACGUUCUUCUUCGGAGCGAAGCGCAGAAAACGAGCGAUAA